CAUGGACUUGUUCAACUCAUUGCUCGUAAUCUUUCUUCUGCUCUAUUCUAUUGCUCCAUCGGUUUCUUCAGUUUUCGUGACCAAACAUCUGGAGCUCAGUAAAACAGGACGCUAUGAGAUCAGCGCUAAUACGUCGAUGGAAUUGAUUGUCGACGUUACCGACGACUCGUCGAUUUCGUUCAUUGUACUGCAAGCUCACUCACAGAAAUAUCCAUUUGUGGCUUCUCUGAAUGAAAGUGUUGAUUACUAUGACAACGCAAUGAAAUCGACAAAUCCUGGCCUUGUAGUCGACGGGCCUGUCUUGAAAUAUGGAACUGUAGAACUGUUUUUGAUGAGUGAAUUGAUUGCCACUCAAGUGGUGGAGGCGAUGGCCAUCGCCUAUCCCAGUUACUCUCCUAUUCCAGGUGGUUGCUGUCUGACGUGUGACGUUGCAAUUGAUCCUUCGUUAAACGUGUCCUUUAACCCAUGGUACACAAAGAUUCGUUUCCAGUUGGGUAAUUCUGGUUAUGAUGCGAUGGACGGUGAUCCAACUCUCUGUGAGGGAGGCGGUGGAUUCACAUACUUGACAUACCAACUGUAUUUGUAUCGAUUUGGUGAGAUGAGUUAUGAUGAGGACUUGGCAUUGGAUGCAUGGCAGAAGAUGGCAACUGUAGAUGCUGUCAAGUCAUAUGGCACAGAGGUUGGUAGCUCGUUGUCGUUUUCAGACGUAAAGCUUGUCACUGUAUCAUCCCAACCAGGACAGGGCGUUGUCUACAACGUUCUUGUGCAUGAUCCUAAGCACGAUUUGUAUGCAGCGUAUGUUCCAUACAUCACAUACGGCUGCAGCUUUACAGCCAAAGUGGAUGGUUGUGAUGCAGCUGGUUCUGUUCUUACAAAAGUUGUUUUGUCGAUUGCUGGUGUGGCUGGCUUGAUUUUCUGCUUUGCUGGACAUCGACUGUUUCCACUUGUGGUGUGUGUUGCUGGAUUUCUGUAUUUCGUUUUUCUGUCGUUUAUCUUGCUGAGUGACUUUGUCAAUUGGUCGCAUGAUGUGCGUGUAGGUGUAAGUGCUGUGUUGGGUGUGGUUGGUAGUUUGCUUUUCUUUUUCGUCUUCUUUCGCUUCUAUCUUGUCCUUGCCUUUGUUCUACUUCAUGGAAUCAUCUUGGGCUUUGUUUUCUCAUCGAUACUCUUCUUUUCUCCUUUCGGUGACCUUUCGUUUUGGCAGAACUUGUUGGACUAUUGGAUUGCGUUUGUGUGUGGAAUGCUUUUUCCAGCUGUUGUCUUGCUAAUGUGGCCCAGAACACUGAAUAUCGUGGCUACAGCAGUGGUUGGUUCAUAUGCUUUCAUUGUAGGCGUCAACUCUUACAUUCAAGGUGUUCUUUCAUACAUCGUGUUGGAUAUCAUCAAGAAAGCAGUGAUGCCGACAUACGUUAGUGCGUACACGGACUAUCCGUUUGAAAUGCCAGACAUCAUUCUGGCGUCUGUGUGGGGCGUACUUGCGAUAUCCGGAAUCAUUUUUCAAAUGUGGCGUGAAAGAAAGGACAAACGACCCGCACUUCCUCCCUGGCUGUACAGAAAAUGGAAGGAAUCGCGUCUGCAAUAUCGUGAGUUAAGCUCAAGAUCUAGAGAGAGUCCAGGCGAGCGACGAAGACUGUUAGAAACUGCAGGCACGGCUAGUGUGUCAUCGUAUGGUAGUUUGUCUGACAACAAAUAAUGAGAUGGAGGGGGAUAAGGCAGGAAGACUAUAGUUUUAUAGGCGUAGAUAGAGUUUAUGUCUCAGUGGUUUUAGCUGGAUGCAAGGGUCUGUUUGUUAUAGCCAGUUUAGAUAUUCUUGUACUACAUGUGUACUGGAUGCUGCUGUAUUCACAAUAUCAUUACUAUUACUAGACGCUAGGUCAU